GCAAAAAUAAAGGUUAUCUUAUGAUCACUUACAACGUUUGGGAUAUUUCUUUUAAUAUCACAAAAUAAUGAAUGAGGCGCAAUAUUGUUAUUUUUUAUAGCGAGUAGUGAAUAGUGAGUGAGCGACGGAACGAGAUGUGUGUUGGGGCUACGACGCUGCGGCUCAUGGAGGGGGAGGUCAAAAAAGCGCUGUCAGGGGUUUUGGAGCGUGUGUCAGCAGCCAGCAAGGCCAGGUCUCCUGAAUUAGCUGCAUUAUGUCCUGUGCCACGUCUAGUGGCAGUGAGUAAGACCAAGCCCAAAGAAAUGAUCCUCGAGGCCUACAGGGCUGGACAGAGACACUUUGGGGAGAAUUAUGUACAAGAGCUUGUGGACAAAGCUAAUGACCAGCAGUUAGUGGCAGAGUGUCCUGAAAUUAAAUGGCACAUGAUUGGCCAUCUUCAAAGCAAUAAAGUGAAAAAAGUUGUUGAAAUUCCAAGCCUGUACUGCAUUGAGACAGUGGAUAGUAUUAAGCUGGCAUCAGCCAUCAACAAUGCUGUUAAAAAGACAGAAAAUGAAGAAAAACUGAAGGUUUUUGUGCAGAUCAACACUAGCGAUGAAAAAAACAAGAGUGGUGUUCAUCCAGAUGAGGCAGCAGGAAUAGUACGACACAUACAGGAGAGUUGUUCCCGCUUGGCACUGGCAGGUAUCAUGACUAUUGGGGCCUUUGAUCAUGACCUGUCCACAGGACCAAAUCCUGAUUUCCAGAGAUUGCUGAAAUGUAAAGCUAGGGUUUGUGAAGAAUGUUGUAUGGAACCCAAGGAUGUGGAAUUAUCAAUGGGAAUGUCUAACGACUUUGAACAUGCAAUUCUAGUUGGAAGCACAAAUGUUAGAGUUGGGAGCACAAUAUUUGGAGCAAGAAAUAUAAAGAAAUAAGAUUACUAAGAUUAUUAGAAUGAACACUUUAUAUUGGUAAAAUUUGAAUAAUGAUAUGGUGAAAUUUGAAUAAUGAUAUGGUGGUGUUAAUCAUUCUGAAUCAAAAUAGAAAAAAAUGUCUCACUUUUUUAUUGUUAAUUAGAAUCUGAGCAGUGAAUCUGCCUUGAAGUUUUCCAUUUUUUUUUUCUUGGCAUUAUACUAUACAAAUAAAUAUUAAGAAAUUACUAUUGGAAUAGGUUAUUGUAUGAAGCAUAUUCCUGAACUGAUUUAAGAAUAUUGGUGCAGAUUCAGAGAUUGUAGAUAAGAUUCAGUCAUCUAUGUUUAUAAAAUCAAUAUUGUUAAGUGAAAAGUCCAAAUAAGCAACCCUCACAUUAUUAUUAAUAUUUGCUCUUUUUUAUAUAAUUUGAUUUUGUGUAAAUCAUAUGCAGCAUCCCAAUGCCAACCAAGUUUUGUGAUCCUCAAGUUUCACACUGAGUUCUAGAUUCUUGCCAUCCUGACUUUCACACAUUAUUUCCCUCCACAUUCAUCAGAUAUGGAUCAUGCAUUCCUGUUAUUGAUAUCAAAGAUAGUAAAAAUAUAGCUAUGU